AAAUAGAAACGUUCACGCUUGUAUUAAUAUAUAUAUAUAUUCGAAUUCUUAUUUGAUAGAGUCCUAGAUAAUCUAGAACUCUAAUUUAUGAUUACCGACAAAUGUGUAGAGUGCGGUUAUGAUUCGAGUCGCAACUUCAAGAGGGCGAUUCAUAUUUUUGCACGUGCCCUGUACGUCAUACGCGAUGUGAUAAAAGGCGGGAAGAAACGUCACAUAAAAAGUUUUGUAUUAUGAAAAUGUCAAUCAUUUAGUUAACUUUUACAUUGUGAACGAUUCUGCCUAUUAAAUUCUCGAGAUGGCUGAUGAAUUCCCAAAUCCGGACGAAGAAUUCGAUUUUGUCUAUCAAGCAGAUUAUGAAGCUCUGAGAGAAUUAGAGGGUAAAUUCUUUAUGAUGUGAUUCUUCAUUAAUGCAGAAGAUAUUAAUAUUUCUCUCUACAUUUUAGUAUUUUCUUUACACUAUUAUUUUCACUGUAUUAUCGAAUGAUUCGUUAAACUCAAAUUACAUAAUUGGUUAUAUUUGUGUGAAGAACUUGAGACACUGGCACGACCUGGUCCUAGUGGAGUAUCUCAAACAGCAAACAGAAACAAAAAUCAAGCAGCCAGUGAAACUUCCAUUUCUGUUACAUUUGACAAAGUUAUUGAUAACGAUGCACCUAGUAGUAAUAAAAAACGCUGUUAUGAAGAAUUAUAUGACAGUAUGCCUAGCAGUAGUAAAAAACGCAAUUAUGAAGAAUUGUUUGGUGACAUCUCUGAUCUCUUAGGGACAAAUGUUUCAGUUGAUGUUGAUUUUGUCGAGGAGCCAAAAGAAAAGAAGCUUCGUUGGGAUCAGCCUGAAGGUGUCAUCCAAAAAAUAUUGAAUGCGAGACAGCUACUACAUGAACAAGAUGGGGAUGCAGUGAUGAAAACAAAAUGUGAUGAGAACAAGAAAAAUUCCAUUUCUUUACGAGUUCCACCUUGGAAUUUUGUGGCGGUCACAAGAUUGUACGAUUCUCAACGCUUAUACAUCAGAGUUAGGAAUGCGCGAAACGACAUUAAACAGACUAAAAAACCGAUUACUAAUCUGCUGUCGAUAUCUUACAAGCAAUUGAAAGCUCAAGCGCAAGAAAUUAUAUUGACAAAAAACAAGUUAUCAGUACAAUCAGUAUCCAAUUUGUGUGAUACUAAUAACAUAAUUAAUGACGAAUUAUGGGUAGAUAAAUAUCGUCCUCGAUCGUAUUUAGAAUUACUCUCAGACGAAACAGUUAACAGACAGCUCUUAUAUUGGCUGAAACUUUGGGAUAAAGUAGUAUUUAAUCGAAAUAUCGCGAAACCAAAAAAAAAACAGUUGUCUGUAUUUGGAAAGAAAAAAGAUAUCGAUGAUGAAAAAGAUAUUGAGGAAGUAGAUAGCAAAGGAUAUCCAGUAAAAAGGAUAGCCUUACUCAGUGGACCACCUGGAUUGGGAAAAACGACUUUAGCACAUAUAGCAGCCAGACAUGCUGGUUAUAAUAUAGUAGAAAUCAACGCAAGUGAUGAAAGAAGUCCAGAUACGUUUAGACAGAUCCUUCUUGCAUCGACAGAGAUGAAAGCUGUAAUAGGCGCGGAUCCCCGACCAAAUUGUUUAAUUUUUGAUGAGAUUGAUGGUGCACCGGCUGCAUCCAUCGAACUUCUUUUAAAAUUCGUUCAAGGUAAACUAGUAUCGAAAACUAAAAAGAGCAAGGGACAAUCGGAGAAAACGUCGGAUGGCUGUGCACGUCCUGUAAUAUGUAUCUGUAAUGAACCAUAUGCACCAACGUUGAGAACAUUAAGAGCCGCUGCUAUAAUAAUUCCGGUACCGGAAGUAAGUCCUUUAAGAUUAGCAGAACGUCUAAUGGAGAUAGCGAGAAAGGAAAAGUUAAAUGUAGACUUUGGUGAUCUUGUAAAAAUAGCAGAAAGGUCCGGUUGUGAUGUUCGAGCUUGUGUAGGGGCAUUACAGUACAUGGGUGGUGCUAAUUUAAAAGAUAAUCUAUCUCUAGGCCUGAAGGAUACUCGCAAAAAUUUAUUUGAUUCGUGGAAAAAUAUAUUAACAGUACCUAUGAAUAAAGGAGGAGUGGUUCCUGUACCUGAAAGAAUCCAGAAUAUAUUGAGAACAAUGCAAAAUGGUGAAUCAGAAAAAUUGGCGCAAGGAAUAUUUCAUAAUUAUCCUGAAGUCUGCGAUAAGAAAAUUGAUAAUGUAUCCACGUCCCUGGAAUGGUUUCAAUUUUAUGAUUUAGUAACAUCGCUUGUUUUACACAAGCAAGUUUGGGCACUUAUGCCCUAGUAUUUGACGUAUAUGUAUAUAUAUGCGUGGCACUUGCAUCUUGCGCGAACGCAAAAAGUGAAAUUGUCUUAUCCUACUAUUAUUAACGAAGUAAUUCAAAAAUCGGCAAAAAAUACGGGUAUUUUAACGGCGAUACGAAGAGUAUGCGGACGCGAUGCUUUUACUUUAAUUACGGACAUCGCUGGUUUUUUACCGGAUCUCCUAGCACCCAAAUUACGUACAGUGCCUUCUCAUUUAUAUUCGCCGAAAGAGAAAGCUGAUCUCGCUAGAAUAAUAAACAUGAUGCUUGAUUUUGGUUUAUCGUUCGUGCAAGAAAAGAAUCCUCAAGGAGGCUACAUCUAUAAUUUGGAUCCUAAUAUUUUGGAAAUCGGUAUUCUUCCCAAUUGCAACCCACAUCGGCAUCUCGCAUACGCGGUACAGCAAAUAAUUGCGCAAGAAUUGGAGGUUGAGCGUUUAAAACGGGCAAGUAUCUCGAUGGGACUCGGUGGAUUUAGCUUGUUAGAAAAUACGACAAAUUCAGAAAAGACCGAAACUACAAAAAAUAUAUAUAAAGAUAAUAAGGAUAAAUCUUCCAAUCUACCGAAUAGCGCAAAAUCGGGAAAAAAUGCGACGUCGUUAAAGAAAGUAGUAUACAAAGAUUUUUUUGGGAAUAUUAUUACGAACGACAACGAAAGUAAAAUGGCGAAUCGUAUUUCCCCAAAAUCGCAAAAGGGAUAUUCCGUAAUGCAGAAUAUUUUGACAAAACACGGAAUAUGGUACAAAUAUAAAGAAGGUUGCAAUAACGCUGUUCGCCGAAGUGUAUUCAUGGAGAAACUUUUAUAAAUAGAAAAUUCGUGUAGGUUGCGAUAAUUAUACCAAAUUGAGAAUUUUGAUAAUAAAAUAAAUUAAUUUAAUUACAAACACAUUGCAAUUUAUACUAAAAUUGUUUAUGCAAUAUUUUUUGCGAAAAAAAGAUAAUUCAAUUUAUAACAUUAUAAUGUACAAACUCUGACAAUCACAUGUAUGUAAUUAUCAAGCGACGCGGUAGCGUCGCGACGCCAAGUAUAAUAUAUAUAUAUAUGUGUAUAUAUAUGUAUAUCUUCUGCACAGUACAAACAUAUUGGACAAUUGUACAUAUUACAACCGCAAUUUCACAUUUAAAAUUAUUUC